CGACCGCCUCAACGGUCAUUAAAAUGGAGUUCAAAUACUUCGAGUUCAACCGACUUAUGCAUUCGAGUUCAAAGUCAAACUUCAAAGUACCUAAAAGAUCAAUUUUCCCCAUUCAAAUUCCCAAAAUUUACCUUCACUUUCCCUCUCUCCAAACAUCUCCCUACACCCACACUUUGCAAAACCCGAAAACCUUAAAAUGGAGUGGAACCCAGAAACCCUCGAGUUCCUUUCCCAAUGUUUCCUCCACACUCUUUCUCCCGCCCCCGAGCCGCGCCGCCACGCCGAGGCCUCGCUCUCUGCGGCCGCUGAUAGCCCCAACUAUGGGCUUGCGGUCCUCCGCCUCGUCGCCGAACCCUCUGUUGAUGAGCAGAUCCGCAUAGCCGCCGCCGUCAACUUCAAGAACCAUCUUCGGGCUCGAUGGGCACCUGCGUCAGCAGAUGAUCCCAAUUCCCCCGUCUUUUUCCUCAUUACCGACGCCGAGAAGGACCAGAUUAAAGCGCUGAUCGUCCAACUCAUGCUUUCUUCCACUCCCAAAAUCCAAUCCCAGCUCAGCGAAGCCCUUGCCCUCAUUGGAAAGCACGAUUUCCCGAAGCUGUGGCCGGCAUUACUCCCUGAGCUUGUCGCGAACCUCCAGAAGGCAGCGCAGGCGUCCAAUUACUCCUCCAUAAACGGUAUUCUCGGUACCGCCAAUUCUAUCUUUAAGAAAUUCCGUUACCAGUACAAAACCAAUGAUCUUUUGCUUGAUUUGAAAUACUGUUUGGAUAAUUUUGCCGCACCGUUAUUGGAACUCUUUCUCAAAACCGGCGCUUUGGUUGAUGCUGCUGCGAAUUCUGGCGCACCUGCCUCGACCCUUAAGCCGCUUUUUGAGUCUCAGAAGUUGUGUUGCAGAAUAUUUUAUUCAUUGAAUUUUCAGGAACUGCCUGAAUUUUUUGAGGACCAUAUGAAGGAGUGGAUGACUGAGUUCAAGAAAUACCUCACUACAAAUUACCCGGUACUUGAGAGUAGUGGGGUUGACGGCCUUGCUCUUGUCGAUGAGCUUAGAGCCGUGGUAUGUGAGAAUAUCAAUCUCUAUAUGGAGAAGAAUGAGGAGGAGUUUGAAGGGUACUUGAAUGAUUUUGCUCUCGCUAUUUGGAGUUUAUUGGGUAAUGUGACUCAAUCUUCUAGCCGUGAUCAGCUAGCCAUGGUUGCAAUAAAGUUUUUGACCACAGUGAGCUUAAGUGUGCACCACACUCUGUUUGCAGGCGAGGGAGUGAUACUGCAGAUUUGUCAGGGAAUUGUGAUUCCAAAUGUGAGGUUGAGGGAGGAUGAUGAGGAACUAUUUGAAAUGAAUUACAGAUUCAUUAGGAGGGAUAUGGAGGGAAGUGAUCUGGAUACUCGGAGGAGAAUUGCAUGUGAGCUUCUUAAAGGGAUUGCAACCAAUUAUAAGCAACAGGUUACUGAUAUAGUUUCUUCACAAAUUCAGCAUUUGUUAACCUCAUUUGCUGCAAACCCAGCUGCAAACUGGAAGGACAAGGACUGUGCCAUAUACUUAGUUGUCUCCCUCACUACUAAGAGGGCUGGGGGUGCUUCUGUCUCGACUGAUCUUGUUGACAUUCAAAGUUUUUUUGCUUCAGUUGUUGUGCCUGAGUUGAAAAGUCAGGAUGCAAAUGAUUUUCCAAUGCUUAAGGCUGGUGCAUUAAAAUUCUUUACAAUUUUCCGGAAUCAGAUAUCAAAGGAAGUUGCUUUUCAGUUUUUUCCAGACUUGGUUCGGUUCCUUGGUUCAGAGUUGAAUGUAGUUCAUUCUUAUGCCGCGAGCUGUAUUGAAAAACUCUUGCUGGUCAAGGAUGAGAGGGGAAGAGCUAGAUAUACUGGAAAAGACAUUGCUCCAUUUUUUGGAGAGUUGAUGACAAACCUUUUUAAUGCCUUUAAGUUUCCAGAGUCGGAGGAGAAUCAAUAUGUGAUGAAGUCCAUCAUGCGGAUUCUUGGGGUAGCAGACAUAUCUCGGGAGGAUGUUGGGACUUGCGUUAUUGGGUUGACUUCUAUCCUCAUGGAGGUUUGCAGAAACCCAAAGAACCCAAUCUUUAAUCACUAUCUGUUCGAGUCUGUGGCCAUUCUUGUGAAGCGUGCCUGCGAGAAGGAUUCAUCUCUUAUAUCAGCUUUUGAAUCCAGGCUCUUUCCUUGCCUCCAGCUGAUAUUGGCCAAUGAUGUUACUGAAUUCUUCCCUUAUGCAUUUCAGCUGCUGGCUCAGCUUGUUGAGUUGAAUAGGCCACCAAUUCCUCCAAGCUACAUGCAAAUUUUUGAGAUUCUCCUGUCACCUGAUUCGUGGAAGAGAUCUUCAAAUGUCCCAGCACUUGUGCGGCUGCUUCAGGCCUUCCUUCAAAAGGCACCCCAUGAGCUUAACCAAGAGGGAAGGCUUAACAAGGUUCUUGGGAUAUUCAACACCCUCAUCUCAUCCCCUAGUACAGCCGAACAGGGAUUCUAUGUGCUGAACACUAUCAUUGAGAGUCUUGAAUAUGGUGUCAUUGCACCCUACAUUUGUCAUAUUUGGGCUUCCCUUUUGGGGCAGCUCCAACGUAGGCAAACAGUAAAGUUUGUCAAGUCUUUCUUGAUAAUAUUGUCACUCUUUGCAGUCAAACAUGGUUCUUCAAACCUUGUAGAUACUAUGAAUGCCUUUCAAGCAGACAUAUUUUCCAUGAUCGUGAAGCAGUUUUGGAUACCUAAUCUUAAGCUGAUCACAGGUGCUAUUGAGCUUAAGUUGACUGCAGUUGCUUCUGCCAGACUUAUCUGUGAUUCUCCAGUACUUUUGGACACCGCAAAUGUUGAACUGUGGGGGAAAAUGUUGGAUAGCGUUGUAACGCUCCUUUCACGACCAGAGCAGGAUAGGGUGGAGGAGGAACCAGAAAUGCCAGAUAUUGCAGAUAAUGUGGGUUAUACUGCCACCUUUGUCCGUCUCUACAAUGCUGGGAAGAAAGAAGAGGAUCCUCUGGGAGAUGUAAAGGACCCAAGGGAGUUUUUGGUAGCUUCAUUAGCAAGGCUUUCUUCACUUUCUCCGGGGAGAUACCCUCAAAUCAUCAAUCAGUAUAUGGAUCCCACAAUUCAAGCAGCACUACUUCAGCUUUGCAGCACUUAUAAUUGCCCAAUAGUUUGAGUCAAUUCACCUUCCAAGGGCAGGGCUGAUUUGCUUGUGCUAGCCAAGACCCCAGCAACUCCCAGAAACAAAAUUCCUGUGUGCGAGUACAUACAUGUAGAGAUAGUAGGACUGCUGGCAUGUUGAAAUAGAAAGUAUGGCUGCAUUGUGGGAGUGCUAAACUAAUUUAUGAACGUGAAUGAAUUUGAAAGAGUAAUUACUAAUACAUGUUUGACAUGGUUCAUUCAGUUUAUAUGUAGUACUGUGUAAAGCCUUCAAUUACAUCAGGUUCUUUUGUAU